AGCAGAGGCUUGUCCUUAGCGAGUAGAGUCUCAUACUGUAUACUAUUGCGCUCACUCGCGUCGCCGCCACCAUCAAUGCAGACACGGUGAGGAGCGUACCGCAGGAAUUUUCGUCCCGGCUUUGUCUGUUUGAUCCUUGCCUCCCGCUCCGCCUGCCAAACCAAAGUUUCUAUCGACCAUGGCCUGUCCGGGAAGAAGAAACUUCCUCUGGUUCCUCUCCGUCGUCGUCUUGAUCUCUUCUUCCACCAGAGCUCAACCCGGGCGAUUCGACGUCAUUGCGCAGAACGCCGGCGUCGCUAGCAUGCACACGGUCGUCACGCACUUCAGCAACGCGAUCUUCCUGGACAGAACCAACAUCGGCCCCUCGCAGAUCAAUCUCGCCGCAGGAGGAUGCAGAGACAACCCCGACGAUCGAACCUUGAAGCACGACUGCACCGCGCACUCGGUCAUGUUCGACUACUUCUCCGGGGCCAGCAGAGCUCUGUCGAUAUACUCGGACACUUGGUGCAGCUCAGGUCAGUUCUUGCCGAACGGGACGCUUCUCCAGACGGGGGGCGACUUCGAUGGUUUCUUCAAAGUCAGGUACAUGACGCCGUGUCCGAACGGGGGCACCUGCGACUGGCAGGAAUCAAAAACCGAGUUUUUGCAUUCCGGAAGGUGGUAUGCCAGCAAUCAGCUCUUGCCAGACGGCCGCGUGAUCGUUGUAGGCGGAAGAAGCGCUUUCUCCUACGAGUUCAUCCCGGACAGAGGAGCCGGGCAGUUUGAGCUGCCGUUUCUCAAGGAGACGAACGAUCCAACUUUCAACAACCUGUAUCCCUUCCUGCAUCUGCUGCCGGACAACAACCUGUUCGUCUUCGCCAACCGGGACUCCAUUCUCCUCAACUAUUUCACCAACACUGUGCUUCGGAGAUAUCCAACGCUGCCUGGUGAGCCCCGGAACUAUCCAUCCGCCGGAAGCUCGGUCAUGCUUCCCUUGGACAGCGCAAACAGCUUCUCCAAUGCCGAAAUUCUCGUUUGCGGAGGAAGCAACAAGGACGCCUACGCGUAUCCAGCUGGUCAGCUUCCGGCCUCUCAGACCUGCGGUAGAAUGGUAGCGACGUCAGGCGAUCCAAAUUGGAACAUACUCAACAUGCCUACGCGAAGAAACAUGGGUGACAUGGUUCUGCUUCCAACCGGCCAAGUCCUCAUCAUCAACGGAGCGCAAAGUGGAUCUCAAGGAUGGGGAUACGCGUCCAGUCCCUGCCUCAACCCUGUCAUAUUCGAUCCGGUCAGCUCAAAGUUCGAAACUCAAGCAGCCAGUACCAUUCCGAGAAUGUAUCACUCCACCGCAAACCUUCUUCCAGACGGCCGAGUCCUUGUAGCAGGCAGCAACACGCACGAGUACUACACUUUCACGGGAGCGUUUCCAACGGAGUUGAGAGUAGAAGCUUUCUCUCCGGCAUAUCUAGACCCUGCAAACGACUGGCAGAGACCGAAGUUAGUUAACUAUCCAGGAGUUAUCAACUAUGGAAUGCCAUUCUCGGUGGACGUCUCCUUACCGGGCAACUUGACUGGAGAUAUCGAGUUGACGCUUUUGAGUGCUCCGUUUACCACGCACUCCUUCUCUCAAGGGCAGAGGCAGCUCAAACUAGCGGUUUCCACACCAUUACGAGCAAACGGGAACACCUUUACUGUGAAAAGCUCGGCACCGCCAAGCGCCGUGAUCGCUCCACCAUCGUUCUACAUGCUCUUUCCCCUACACAAUGGAAUCCCAGGCACAGCGACAUGGGUGAUGGUAACAUACUAG